UAUAUUUUGUUGAAAAUAUUUUGACAUUUAAUUUACAUGAAAUAUUUGAGCGGUAAAAAAUAGAUCAAAAUGAUUAAUCUUACGUUAAAACUGGAUCAAUUUCAUAUCAAAUUUUGUGUACGAGGCGCAAUGGAGAAAAAUUCUCUUCAAUGCAAUGGAGAAGAGUCCCGUCCAUUCGCUGCUACUAAGGUUGAAGCCCUGCUUUAUCCUCUCCUCUCCCACCACCACCAUCGAUCGCCUUGUGGUUCUUACAUUCACCUCCACCACCAUCGCUUAAAUCUCCCCGGAACGCCUCGUAGCCACCUUCGCCUUCACUCUCCUCCACGUCUUCUUCUUCAUCCGCUUUUCUCAUAAAAGACAAAACCCAAGGCUACGGCUUUAAUUUUCUUAAGCUCCAUAGGUUUUGCAGAAAAACAAACAAGGAUUGGAAGGUAGAAAGCAAAUCAAGGUAGAAAUUAAAGAGAGAGAAAAAAUCAAAGAUUGGCAGGGCCGUUUGGAGUUCCUCUCUUUCUCUCUCUCCCCUUCGGUUUAGAGACUUACCAAGAGGGUGGGAUUGAAUUUGGUCGGGAAAUCAGAAAGAAACCAUAAUCUGGAAAAAUAUUUGGCCAUUCAAAUAUUGAUUUCUAAGCUAAUUAGCUUUACCAGUUUUUUACAUAAGUUGAUUUCAGCUGUAAUAGGGCUGAAGGCCCAAGUGUAAAGGAAUGUCGGCGUUGUGGUGGCGGCGUUGGUCAAGGAGAGAGGAAUGGGGAAGUGCGGACUUAAAAUUAGCAUGAAAUGUGGCAAAUUGUGCACUGUUUGAUAUAUGUGUGGGCCCCUAAACUUAGGCUACGUAAGUUUUUGCCGCCGAAGGUCAAUUUUGUUGACUUUGCACCCUGUGAAAAUGAAAUCAUUUUCUGUUCUUGGGAGCUUGGCUUCACAAAACCAAACCAACCAUACUCUGGUCUGCUGCAGUAGUGCUCUCUUUCUCUCGUUAGCUUGAUUGAAUUUGUUUCGGUACAAGGACCUCCACCCCAAGAUAUGGCUCUUGCCAUAGUUGGAGGCUCUUUUCUCUCCGCUUUCCUUCAAGUGCUGUUUGAUAGGAUGGCUACACCAGAGUUCCUGAAUUUGUUUUGUAAGCGAAAAGCUGAUGAUGAACUCCUCAAGAAGCUCAAGAUGAACUUACUGGCAGUUGGAACAGUGCUUGAUGAUGCAGAAAACAAGGAAAUAAGCAACCAAGCUGUCAAGGAAUGGCUUGAAGAGCUCCAUGAACUCGUUUACCAGGCAGAUGACUUGCUCGAUGAGAUCAACACUGAAGCUCUCAGAGUUAAGGUAGAAACUGAGUAUCAGAGCUCGACCAGCUUCCUGGUUAGUGCUUCCACCUAUAUUUCAUCUUUCAGUAAUCAGUUCUUUAAAAGGAUUAUGCCUGAGAUAGAAAACGUUGUGAUUAGCCUAGAGGGAUUUAUACAGCAAAUUAAUCCCUUGGGCUUGCAAAUUGUUGAAUCGAAAAUACAAUCAUGUCGACUGCCUUCGACUUCUUUGGUCGAUGAGAACACUGUUUGUGGUAGAGAUGUUGACAAGGAGAAGAUAAUCCAAAUGUUGUUGUCUGAGGAUAAAAAAAGAGACAGUGUCACUGUAGUUCCAAUAGUGGGCCAAGGUGGGAUUGGUAAGACGACCUUGGCUCAAUUGGUUUACAAUGAUAAGAGGGUGAACAAUCAUUUCACUACCAAGGCAUGGGUUUGUGUAUCAGAAGCAUAUGAUGCCACCAGGAUAACGAAGGAACUCCUUAGGGAGCUCGAGAUCUCAUUUUCUGACUCUGGUGAGAGUUUGAAUUCCCUUCAGCUUAAGCUACAACUUGGCUUAACUGAGAAAAGGUUUCUUCUUGUACUGGAUGAUGUUUGGAAUCGUGACUAUGAUGACUGGGAUAAAUUGAAGAUGAUGCUCAAAGGUGGUUCUGAAGGAAGCAAGAUCAUAGUGACAACACGAGAUAACAGAAUUGCAUUAAUGUCAAUUCAUCAUUUGGAUUUGAUAUCAGAGGAGGACUCUUGGUCCUUAUUUGAGAAACAUGCAUUUGGAGAUAAAGACAAUGAAAACUGGCGUGAACUUGAAGUGAUAGGAAAGAAAAUUGUGAACAAGUGUGAAGGGUUGCCUUUGGCUGUGAAAACAAUUGCAGGUCUUUUGCGUUCAAGAGGAAUGGUUGAGGAGUGGGAAGACAUUUUAAGAAAUGAUAUAUGGAACCAGACAAGAAAUCCAAAUGGCAUCUUGCCAGCAUUGAGGUUAAGCUACAUGCACCUUCCUUCCCAUCUUAAAAGGUGCUUUGCUUAUUGUUCUGUGUUCCGUAAAGGUUUAUGGUUUAAAAAAAAAGAAAUAAUUCAGCUAUGGCAUGCUAAUGGUCUUCUGGAGCACCAAAGAGAGUUUAAAACUAUUGAAGACAUAGGUGAAGAGUACUUGCAUGAAUUGAGAUUGGGGUCAUUGUUGUGGCAGCCAAGCAACGACAAAUUCUCUAUGCAUGACCUUAUCAAUGAUUUGGCUAGAUUUGUUGCAGGAAAAUAUUCUCUCAGGUUGGAAGAUCAUUACCCUGGCCAUGGUACCACAGCUAGAGUACGUAACUUCACAUAUUUUCCCAGUGAAUAUGACACAUUUGAUAAGUUUAAACUCUUGAGGGAGGCCAAGAAUUUAAGAACAUUUCUCCCUGUUGGUAUGUAUCGAUCUGCUACUGGAAGAAUAAGCAACAAAUUUGUACAUGAUAUGUUGCCCACAUUCAAGUCUUUAAGGGUUCUGUCUUUGUACAAUAGAAGUAUAAUUAAGUUGCCAUACUCAAUCAGUGGUUUGAAGCGACUACGAAUCAUAGAUCUGUCUCAUACACACAUAGAAAAGCUACCGGAUUGGAUAUGUACCCUGUACAAUCUACAAACAUUGUUGUUGUCAUAUUGCAAGAACCUUGAAGAGUUGCCCAAAGAUCUGGGGAAGUUAAUUAAUUUGUAUUACCUAGAUGUUAGUGGAGCUCCGCUCAAGAAAAUGCCAAUACAAAUGGGUAGAUUGACAAACCUUCAAGUUUUGACUACUUUUGUGGUAGGCAAGGACUGUGGUUCAGCAAUCAAGGAGCUGGGCAAGCUUCCUAUGCUUGGCGGUAAGUUACUCCUUUAUGGGUUGGAAAAUGUUUCUGGAGGGAGAGAAGCAUCAAUGGCAAACAUGAAGGGAAAGAAACACCUUAAAAAUUUAACUCUAGAGUGGAAAGGUGAUAUUAAUGAUUCACAAGUUGCGAGAGAUGUGCUUGAGAGUCUAGAGCCUCAUUCAAGUAUAAAUCAUUUGAAAAUCAAUGGAUAUCAUGGGACAAGAUUUCCUAAAUGGCUGGAAACCCCUUCAUUUUGCAGUAUAGAGUCCUUAAGUCUGUCCAACUGUGCAUAUUGCUUUCACUUGCCUGCACUUGGGCAGAUUCAGUCCUUGAAAUCCCUUGAAAUUGUUGGAAUGAGUAAUAUAUCAGCCUUUACUGAAGACAUGUAUUUUGGUAACAAUUGUGAAAUCGAACCUUUUCCAUCUCUCCAAAAAUUCAAAAUUGAGAAUAUGCAAGAGUUGGAGAGAUGGGAUAUUCCAGAAUGUGAAGUUUUUUGUAGUCUUGAAAAGCUCUAUUUAAUCGAUUGCCCCAAACUCAAUGCAAAAUUGCCCAAACAACUUUUGUCACUACAAAAACUUGAGAUUUCUGGAUGCGACAAUCUUGUGCUCUCUAAUGGUCGGUUGAGUAUCUUUGACAGUGACAUUCAACAACUCUCAUCUCUUUGUAAAUUAAAGAUUUCACGCAUGGAGCAUUUGAAAGAGUUGUCCCCAGAACUGAACAAGUUAGACUGCCUUGAGAGGUUGGAAAUUAGUGAUUGUGGGUCUCUCAUAUCGUUUCCCUUGGGUAACCUACCUACCUCACUGAAAAAACUUGUAUGCAAUGGUUGUGGCGGUUUUGAAUCAGAAAGCGCAAGUUACCAACCUGUUUCCCUCCUUGAGGAGUUGAAAUACAAGAAUUGCAACUCUCUCAAAGUUGUCUCGCUUGGCUUGUUCCCUACGCUAAAAGAUGUUCAGAUUAAAGACUGCAAGCGUAUGGAGGUGCUCUCAGUUCCUCCAUGCAGGAUUGGGAAUGGAAGUAGUACUCUAACUUCUCUGCAAUGCUUAAAGAUCUGGGACUGUGAUAAUCUAAUAUCUUUUCCAGAGGAAGGAUUGCCAGCCCCUAAUCUAAGGCAGAUAGAAAUCGUCAAUUGCGAGAAGCUCAAGUUCCUGCCGGCAAGGAUGGAAUCACUUCUUCCAUCUCUUCGGAAACUUGAUCUAUGCAAUUGUCCAGAAAUUGAGUGCUUUCCAAAAGGUGGUUUGCCUACCAGCCUACAAUCCCUUUAUAUCCUCAACUGCAAAAAGCUCCUGACAAGCCCAAAAACGUGGGAUUUGCUGAGACUCCCCUCUCUUAGAGGCUUACGGAUUGAUGUUAAUGAUGAAGCAGUGGAGUCUUUUCCAAAUGAGGACUGGUUGCUGCCUUGCACGCUUGAAUAUCUUGAUCUCAGGGGAUGUCAGAAUCUGAAAAUGCUAAACUAUUCGGGUCUUCAACACCUCACCUCUCUACAAAGGCUACGAAUCACUUGGUGCAGACUACUCCAGUCAUUGCCAGAAGAGGGACUGCCCACCUCCCUAACCAAACUAGAAAUCAGAGACUCUCCGCUGCUGAAACCAAGAUUAGAAUGGGAGAAAGGACAAGACUGGCCCAAGGUUGCCCAUAUCCCCUGCAUAAUAGUCGAUGAAGAAUUAAUCCCGUAACGGAGACGCUGGCCGUGUCAGGGCUCCUCCAUGAUCAUCCAUAUUGAGUAAUUUAAGGCAGUAUACCACUCUUGGAAUUCUAUGGACCAGUCACUGUUCUCAGCUUCAGCCAUUUCAGGAAGAGAGGCUACUUACCUCCCAAGAAAUCAAAAACACUCUAUUGCUGACACCACAUUUAGAAUGGAGGAAAGAGAAUAUAGGCUGAAGGUGGUUCAUAUUUUGUAAAUGUUAGUGUUGAACUCAUUCCAUGAUAAACAUACUCGUCCUCCAAAAUGUUGUCCUCCAGUAACUGAAGGUAAAUUCCCUCUGCCCCCAAAAUGUUUCAGUGAUUUGCAAGUGGGAAUGCUUUAUAUCCUUGAUGGAUAACUGCACUUAAAUUAUUUGGUGCAUACAUUACGGAUAACUUUGAAUUACAGGUUUUACCGCACAUUUGUCAAAUAUUGGAUUAGUACAUCAUUCCUUGUUCGAGGCAAAAGAGCAAUGCUAAUGCUAGUUAUUUAUCAUACCUAGAAAGUGUUUUUUUUUUUUUCCUUUUUAGGUUUGAGACAAUGCUUACAUAUUCCUUAAAUUGUUCAACAUGUACUGCAUUCCACAUAACAUUUUAUGCAAUGUUUUGUAUGUUAUAAUGGUCAUUGUGGAUCUAGCUGGAUCUUCAUUCAAUUCACAAUUUGAUAAGAAGCACAAAGAAAAGUUAAUUGAAACGCAAGUAUUCAUAGCCUUCACAGUUGUGCUAAAAAGACUUAGUGAUAUCAAUUCUUCAUUCCUUUUCUAUCAUGUUUAAAUUCUCUAGGCCAAUCAAGAAAGUCACCAUGGUAUUCUGUCCAAGCUUUUAACACCAGAGUAAACUCAAUGUUGGGGAUACAUGCGUGCUUGUUGAAUGGGGUUAUAAAUAACUAGAAACAUCAAAUUUGUGGUGUUAAUCGUUCCAUAAAUUAUAGUAUGCACUGUGCUUGACUGUUUAGAUUUGUCAAAUUUGUGGAUGCAAAUUAAUGAUGUCUGCUUCUCAAAGGGGUACAAAACACAGUACUUCAAUUGCAAAUAUCUGUGCUUGAGUUAUUAUUCGUUCCAUAAAUUACAGUAUGCACUGCACUUGAAUACUUAGAUUUGUCAAAUUUCUGGAUGCAAACUAAUGAUAUCUGCUCCUCAAAGGUACAAUACACAGUACUUCCUUCAAUUGCUUUGUAAAAGUUUCCAGUUUACAUGUCAGUGAUCUAGGAUUGAAGUACUCUCAUGAUCAUUUAACUUUCUUGCAGAAGUAACCCAAAAGGAUCCAUGGCUGCACAGAGCUCCAGUUUGCUAUCAGAGAAGGGCUCCCCCUUUCCUGAUUUCUCUCUGAAUCUGAAGAUACACAGCACUUGAACAGUGGUGAAUAUUGCAACAAUUUUCUGCACUGAAGGGCUCCUCUGGAAUGCGGAACUGGCAAAAAUGUUGCAUUUCAUGAUUUUUAACUGAAUUGGGAGUAUUGUAGCGGAAUGUAUUUCUUCUAUUCCAGUAGGAUGAACUCCCAAGGAAUUGAAGGUGCUGCCUGGAUGCAAACAAUCCAUGCCUAGAUAACAUGGCUGUGUCCUGUAACUGACUACAACAUUUUGUUUGCAAGGUCAGGGACACCGGUGAAGAUUCACUUCCAAUAUAUUGGUUGCUGCGGGAAACUGUUAGGAAUCUUUAGUUCUUGAUAUGGUGCUGCAUAAAUGUUCAUAAACUCUCAAGACUGCAAGUGGUUUCAGAAUCUCAAUUAUCUUGAGCCCAUGCACC